AUGUCUCUCUUCGCGCCUUCAUCUGCAGACCGCGAGUUUUUGCUCUCUUUUUUGGGCACCUCCAGCGCUCAGCUGGCCGGAGUUUGCUCUCAAAGAAACCCCUCUAUUGUCAGUUAUUCGAACUAUGCCGUAUAUUUUUUUGCCUUUUCCGAUCGAAGCCUCAUUAUGGCACCCUAAUUUGUUCAUUUAUUCUUCUCCGUAACGCUGUUGACUUUUUCUUGCACUCAAAUCGUAUUUUUUGGAUAGUAAGGUGCUCAAGAACAAGGUACGGAAAUUUAGCCCAAGUAUUCGAUAGCAUGAUUAAAAACUUCACCAAACCUUUUCUAAAUUCCCAAUAUCUUUCUAAAGCCGUUUCGCUUUUCGAGGCUCUAAUCUGCCCCCUAGGAAACGAGUUCGAUGGCUCAAAACCUGACGUGCAAUGUGGAAGAAAAUCAGCUGAUAGUAUCCGAAUUUGAGUACGUCGAAGACGGCGAUUCACGAGAUUCAGGUUGAAUAGUUCUAUCUUUUGGUAUUCAUCGUUCAGCUUUAGGUAUUUCUGUGAGUGAUGUCCUGAACGAUGAUGAUCAACCCCCUUGUAUUUUAAGCCCUAAAACACCUGUUAGCUAGUUUUUAACAUGUGUGAUGACAAAGAAAUUCAGAUUCUUUCGAGAACACCAUUUUCCGAUCGCUCGAACCUUGGAAACUACGAUGGGCAACAAACGUUAUUUUAGCACGGCUGAAUAAGAUGUUCACUUAGAAUUUUUAUAGAAGCGCAUUUCCACCGACGUCUUUCAAUGUUGAUACUCCACUAUGCCGUCCUCCAGCCAUCCUCGAACCCGAUUCAGACGACGUGGGUGGUCUUCAAGCUUUACUUCAGAACAACUUUUGGAAAACUGAUUGUGAAGUAGAAGAUAGAAGGAUGUCAAUUUCAAGGCAACGUCAUCUUUUGACGACGGUCGACGUCUUAGCAACGCCUCAAUUUCCUCGGAUCAUUCGACAGAUUCUAUAGGGUCGCGAAAAAGAAACUGCUCCGAAGCCUCUUCCAUCGGCUCUUAUCACCGUAAAAGGAGUAAACAAAUCGUCGUCGAUGAGAACGUAAAGCUUCCAGUGACAACUUUUGGGAAAUUUUUGAUUUUUCAGAGUCCAGAUGAUUCUUUCCAGCAUUUUGACAGAUUACCCCAAGAAGCGAACACGAGCACGCAUUCUUUGAUCGCAAGAGCGGCUUCUUCGGAGUCUCUAAACGGCCGUUCUCGCUCCAGGACACGCCUGGUGACGCGGGCGAUGAGCACGAGCUGUUUACAAGAAAAAGAGCACGAAAGUCCUUCUUUACCCAAGAUGCUCGAAGUGGUUGGUCGCAAGUCAUCUCAAAUUCUGAAGUCCUCUUUCUCAGCACUACACUCUAGAAACGGUAGAACGGCCGCAACGAGAGUCACAAGCUUUCCGGAGUAUCAGCGCUCAAACGCUUCUCAAAGAGUCAAAGCGUUUGGGUGACGAUUUCUUACGACAAUACACAAUCGUCGACUGCCGAUAUCCUUUUGAAUACAAUGGCGGGCACGUUAAGGUAUAAUAGUUUUCAAAUUAAUAACGAUAAAUGAUUUUUAUCCGAAAAACGGAUAUUAGAAGAAGAAAAAAAGAGGUUGGAUAAAUUGGAUAGAAACUUGGUAAUUCGGAGCUUGAACGUGAUGUUAGAGGCGACUAGUUGAAUGGUGGAGCUUUUUAAUUCUACAAUCAAAAAUCGAAGAUAAAAGUAGGGUCCCUCCGAAUAGAAAAUUCACUUCCUGGAAGAAUUUUUGAAAGAGAUCAAGUUUUCAUGCUGCAUUCAAAUCGAUUUCAGUGGAACAGAAUUGACCAUCAGAGAAUAAAAAGACGACGAAAAUUUUGAAUUGCCAGAGAUCAUUCUGAAUUUCGCGAAGUUACUUUGAACGCGGAAUCAGUAAUUUUUUAUCUAUAUUUUCCAAAUCCGUUUUUGCCUGCAUAAAUAUCUACUUGAUUUCAAUUUUAGUUUUGCUCUUGAGAAUUCAAACUGUUCAGGGAGCCAUAAAUGUAUAUGAGAAAUCUGCGGUGCAGAAAAUUUUCUUUCCUGAAGAAAGUGAUAACGAGAUUCGAUCCCGUAUACCGAUUUUCUACUGCGAAUACAGCCAGAAGCGCGGUCCUUCAAUGUAGGCUUUCAAUUUUUUUUUUUUCUUGACAAAACAAAGUGGUGCAGGGCAAAUUAUCUGAGAUCUAUGGACCGAAUACGAAACGAGUUGAGCUACCCACACGUCGACUACCCGGAGAUAUAUCUUAUCGACUUGGGCUACAAAAAUCUUUGGAGUCACGAAUCUUGUCGCGUUGGUCUUACUAUAAAAAUAAAGAGUUACAUCUUUUGAUUUACAGGAUCUUUGCGAUCCUCGAAGUUAUUUACCCAUGAACGCACCCACUCACACCCAUCAUUUACGAAAUUUCCGCUGCAGCAGCUCUCGAUCCAUCGUUUCUGAGAAGUUUUCUACCACGAAAAGAACUACGAAGGAGCUCACUCGCAAAAACGGAUCUCUCUUUGACGUCCGUUUCAUUUCCUUGAAAGUAGCCGAUUAUAAAUGCCAUUUUAUUUUUCCUUAUGGAAAUCGCUGAUAAGCUCUUGAAAGCAGUGGAGCAAUAGGUUUCCAGUGUUUCAGAAAUUUCAGAAUAUUCCAGAGUGAAACGACCUUCUCUGUAAGCGUGAAGUAGGGGCGUGUGGAAAUCGGUUUUGUAGAAAAAAAAAAAUAGAAGUAUAGGUAGCAUUUUUGCUUUUCUGCGUUUGUGGCUUUUUAUUUUUACCAUAAUGUGCUCUCACAGCCGUAAUAACUGAGUGUUCCUCGAAAAAUUGUUGCGAAAAAAUAACAAACCUUUUUCAUAUUCUGUCUUAUGGAUCUUCGCCGAGAAGUCAUACAUGUUUAGAAACGAAACAGGAACAUGAAAAAUGAACUUUGCUUUCACACCCCUGGCCUAGACAUUGGCUAAGUAACUUUCCCAUUUUAUGUUUUUCAUCGGAAUAUUUCAGAUAAGCAAUCAAACGCGCAGCAGCAAGAAGACAUUCAGAAGUCCCUCGAUGCCGAUGUCGCUGUCGAUGAGCUACUUGCACUCGAGCUCGAACGCGUCGUUUGAGAAGUUCAGCUUGCUCCAAAGCACGCCCAACGACGGAAUCGACGACGACGAAGUUUUCAUCGACGAGGAGAUGCUGAUGAACUUCUCUGACAAGACCGAGAAAAGCGUGACGAGCAUUGUUACGACGUCUUCUCACAACACGCGGUUGUCCAACGAACCUUCGCCGAGAGCGACUGACUUGGAGCCGCGUCGACUCAAUUUCAGCAGUUUCAGUUCUGACGACGAUCACGUUUUGCGCUUUGCCAACGAUGUAAGCCUUCUCUUUGAAAAGUAUGAGUUCGAAAAUUAGACAAAACACCAGUAUUAGAUGAAGUUUUUAGGAAUUUCUCAUUCUUAAGGCUUUCUUUUUGUGAACAGCAGUUUGAAACUUUGAGUUGUGUAAGUUGGAAUCAUUCAUUUUAUUUAAUAGAGAGACCAGAGGCCGUAUGCAAUAAAGAGGAAAAUGGUUUUCCGCCAUUUUCCUGAAACUCGAAAAUGACUAUUUCUCUUUCUAGUUUUAAUAAGAAGUUCCAGCGUUUAACUUUCGCAUAUCUAUGGAAAUCUUCGCGUUAUCUGCUUAGCUUGUUUGUGGCUUUUCAUUAUUUACUGGGUAAAAGUUCGUGCCUACGGCCUCAGACGCUGGCAAAGUUUCCUCCUACGAAAUUAGUUGUGAACGAUCGAAUUCACUUUAAAAAAAGAUUUUUCAGUUUUGUACUCGGUGAAACACUGAAAAAUUACUUGAAUAAGUAUACCGUCACAAAGAUUUUUAUUAAUUUUUUGAAAACGUCACACCAUUAAUACUUUUUUUUUUUUUGGAUUUUCGAACUAUUGAGAAGCUUUUUCAGGGAGAUGACGAGAGCAUUACAAAGCAGCAGUAA